GUGUGUGUGUGUGUGUAUGUGUGUGCGCGUGUAGGACCCGCAUUCGGCCGCAUCUUCACGUCUUGACCAAGUUCCACCCAUAAUUGUUAUGGCUCAAGACGAUGUUGUCAGGCAUCCAGUGUUUUCCUGCGGUACGACACCUUCCCAACACUAAGCUCCGAGAAGUCUUGUAAUGCCUCCCAAAGAGGCGCGUGCAGAGACACCUCCCCAAAAAAGAACCCCGACUAUUCCAGCUGUGCCUCCCAGUAAAGCAACGCCAAGCAGCGGAAUGUUGGUCACAGUGAUUUUGAUUGUUCUGUGGUACGUCAGUUCAAUGUUUGCGAUUACCACAUCCAAGUUGACUAUGCAAGCGGCGAAAGUCCCACUGGUGCUUUGCGUCGUGCAGUUCACAACCGCCACCGUUGUUUCGGGCACGGUGCUGGCCGUCCAGGGCUUGUCAGCUGGUCUUCCAGAGCGAAAGGGCACCUUCGUGCUGGGUAGUUGUUCUCUUACCUACACUUUGGGCUUCUUCUUCACGAACUUGGCGUUUUCCCUAGCACAUGCGUCCUUCGUAGAGACGGUGAAGUCUGGGGAGCCAAUCUCCACAGUGGUGCUGGCGUACUUUCUGCUGGGCGAGGUUGAGGGUACCGCGACGUAUGCGUCGCUUUUGCCCGUGGUGAUUGGUGUAGGGAUGGCCUCCGCUGGAGAGGCAGGCGGCACUAUUGCUGCGUUCAUGGCCACCGUCGCCUCGAACUUCGGAUUCAGUGCGCGCGCAGUGUUUGCAAAGCAGCUCAAGCAUGACCAUCCACAGAGUCCGCCAGCUAAGAGCGACGUCUGCUUAUUCUUCCACAUCUCUUGGAUGGGGCUGAUUGGCCUGCUUCCUUUGGCAGGCAUUCAAGAGGGGCCGAAGCUCCUUGCAGCCUUCAGCUCCCCUGAGUUCGACCUCUCCAGAUUUGUAUCGGUGAUUCUUCUCAAUGGUCUCAUGUACACGGCGUACAACCAGUUCAGUUUCAUGGUGCUCUCCCGCGUCAGCACUGCGACACAUGCGGUGCUUAACGUGUGCCGGCGGGUUUGUGUUAUUGGGGCUACCACAUUGUUCUUCAAUACCCCCCUAACGCUUGUCAACAUGAUUGGUAUUGGGGUUGCCGUCGCAGGUAUGUUCUGGUUCACUCAUGCGAAGAGUCAGCCUCAAAAGAAGCCAGAAACGAUGAAGCCAGAAUCGAAGAAGCAAUGAUGAUAACACAGGUGUCUUGGUGAUUUGUCUGUUUUAAUUUUCCAAAUCCAUUUUCCACUGUACAUGGAGCUGACCGCUACGCGUCUAGGCGUCUGUUCCAAUUAGCUGUAAGAGCCAACGUGGUCAGACCGUUCAGGGUCGUGCCCCUGCCCGUGCAGCGCUACUUUCAUUCGACCAGGAAGAAUGUUCGAGGGCAGAAAUCACCAAAGAGCCGCAUCUCUCACUGAGCAUCCGUGGUCAGAUCGGGCCAAUCCAUGGGUGCCCUCGAUUGCUUUCCGACG